AUGGAUAAAGCUACAGCUAACAAAAAGAUGUAGAAAACAAUUAAAGUUUAAAUGAAGAAGAUACAUUGUUUGCUUAAUAACACCAGCUUAAUAGAAAGCAAUUAAUUACAUUAUACUAAUAUUACUCCUCACUCUUUUAUAGGUUACGAGAAAAAAUCUUAUAAUAAAAUACUUAACUUAAUAGAAGAAGUAUCUGAUAACAUAUCUCUUGGAGUCGCAAUUUUCAAUUCUUAUAAAGAACUUAUUUAUACAAAUAACACUAUAACACAACAUUUUAUUAAAGUUAAUACUUAAAAAACAUCCAUUAAAUAAUAGUUACUUUUGUAUUCCUUAGAUAACAAAAAUGUCUCUUCUUUAGCCCUAAAAGUAAAUAGCUAAAAGCAAAGCAAGAUAGAUGGUGGAAUCAAUAGAUCUACUACAAUGGGACCAUCAAUUAGGUUAAUUUAAAAUAGCAGCUAAGUUAUAAAAUAAUUUAUAAACUCUAAUUAUUAUGAAAAUUAUGAAUUCUAACAUGGAUAAAGUGACAAAUUAAAAAAAUCAUUAGCAGAUUUAGAAGAUAAAAAUCUUAAUAAAAAUAGUAGUAAGAAGAAAACUACUUUCACCUUAUCUAAUGAAAAUUUUGAACAAUAGAAGACUAACUCUAUCUUUUAUCAAGAUACUGAUAUCAGAAGAUCAAACUUGCUGACAUCUAAUAAAAGUAUUUUUGUAAAAGGAAGCUCCCUAAGUAAAGUCAACUUAAAUAAAAACAAUAAAAUCAGAGAAAAGCUAAAUUCGGGUUUAUGCACUCUUGGAGAAUUAGUAUAAAUAAUUACUGAUCUAAAUAAUUAUAGAAACGAAAAUAUAUAUAAGAGUGCUUAGGUUCUUUAGCAUCCUUCCAAGUUGUAGCCUUUUGCUUUUAAGCGUGGAAAAAGUUAAGAAGACAUAUAUUAGAACGAAAACUCUAGGCAAAGUAUAUAACAAUCAAAACAUGAUAAUACAAGCAAUUUAAACGCAGCAGAUUGCAUCAAUAGCUAUCAAAGUUUUCAGUAAACCGACAAUUUUAUGAUAACCAAAAUAGAUUAUCACAUUCAGGCUAAUGAAGUUAUAGUAACAACGAAAAACAAAUAAAAUGAAAAAAUAUUAAUAAAAUUUAAAGCUUAUUACAUUAAAGAAUAGUAAUCUACCACAAAUACCUCUAAUCUAAAUUAGCCUAAUAUUGAAAUUAGCUCUUAUAAUAACAAUUAGUUUGAUGAAAUUAAUUCUGAGUAAAACAUUUAAGAUGAAGAACAAGAGUACGAAGAAUCAAAAUAGCAAUAAUAGCUUACAUCUAGUAACAUAAUAGUGAUAGUAGAAUUCAUUAAAAAUAUUUUAUUUGGAUAUGAUUUGGACAACGAAGACACUAAAGAUGAAAUCAAUAAUUAUAAAAAGAAGAUUCUGUCAUCUGUAUCUCAUGAACUAAAGACUCCUCUGAAUUGCAGCAUUUAACUAUUAGAUUUGCUUUAUUAAUCUGAUACAAUUGAUGAAAUUUAAAAAAAAAUGUUUAUCGAACCAGCUCUCAAUUCUAAUUAGCUAUUGCUCUGCAUGAUAAAUGAUAUUUUAGAUUUUGCUCUUAUUGAAAAGGGAGAACUCAAAUUGACUUUCAAAUCAUUCAGCAUAAUUGAUUUAAUCAGAGAAUGUAUAAGCUACUUUAUUAUCCAAGCUGCCUCUAAAGAAAUUUAGAUUGAACUAAAUUUUGACUAAAAUAUUCCCUAAAUUAUUCAUUCUGAUGAAAUGCGAGUUAAAUAAGUAGUAAUUAGCUUGCUUAGCAAUGCCAUUAAGUUUACUCAGUAUGGAAGUAUUUCGAUUAAUGUUGAUUGCAUUCUUUUACAUAAUCCUCCUUAGGCAGCUACAGAAAUAAUUAAAGUUACAGUAUCAGACACUGGUUGUGGGAUAGAAUAAUAAGUUCUAAAAAAUAUUUUUGAUGGCUUAAAAUACAGACAAGAUUCUCCAUAGCAAAGCUAUAAUUUUUACAUGGAUUCAACAAAAAAGAGGAGUAUUUCAAACAGUAAAGAAUAGUAGAGAAAGCUCAACACAGAAGGAGUAGGCUUAGGACUUACAAUUGCAAACAAUAUUGCCAAAGGGUUAGGAGGUAACAGAAAAAUUGAGGUUUAGAGCUAGCUAGGAAAAGGUUCUACAUUUAGUUUUUACAUUGUCAACAGAUCUUAAAAAUCUAAAGGCUGUGAAAUAAAUAAUUACAAGUUUAUGAGCUAAUCUUUUUCACAGUGGAGAUCAUUUUAAUCUAAAGAAAUAAGCGAACAAAUCUCGUUGAAUGACAACUAUAAUUCUUCAUAUAAUAAAUCAGAGGAUAUAAGCAAUCACGCAUAUUCUAAUGGUAUAAUAACAAAUAAUUUAAAUUGUAAAUAAAUUAAUCAUAGAAUCUCAUUAUCAGUUUCAUGUAACAACAUUGAAAAUUCUAACAAAAAUUUAGAUUUUAAUGAGAUUCAAGUAGAGAUUAAUGAUAGCUAGUAAAUUUAAGCUAAAUCACCAUUUAAAGUAAAUAAACCAAGAAAUCUAUUUUUCUAAAACUAACAAUUAUCGGGUAAGUUCUUAAAUACUAAUGAAACUUUACAAUAAAGCAUAAAUAAUUAACUUAUAUAAGAAGAUUCGUGCGAAAUUAUGAGUGACAUGAAUUCUCAUAAACAUAUUUCUAUUCCAAAUUAACCUAUUAUUCCCACUUUUUUUUCUCAUUAUUAUUAAUCUUCAUUAUUACAAAAUAAUAACACAGAUUUAAGUUUAAAAAGCCUAGCUGAAGGAUAAUUUAGUUAGCAAGAUUGUUACCCUCAGAAUUCUAACAAUCAAGUCCGCAUCAAAGAUUUAGAAUUGCAGUAAAUGCAAAAUAAUUUCCAAAUUUUCCUAAAAAACACAAGGACAUCUUUUUCAAUAUAAAAAAUUAAUUAAAAUUCAAUGGAUUUAACAAAUUAUGCUGAGAACUUAAAAUUAAAUAACUAAGGAUCCUAAUACAAGUAAGACUGUAAUAAUGCAACAAAUAAUUUGAAGAUUAAUAAAACUAAUUACCAAUAGUCAAUAACAAGUUUGAAACAAAUAGGAGGUAUAUCGUGCAAAGUUAUACCUUCCUAAAACUCGAAUUAAAACUUAUAAAGGGCCCCUAAAAAUAGUUCAAUUAGCAAUCUUGAUUAAAAUAUAUACAAUAAUAAUAUUAAUAAUAAUAAUUUUAUUGAAAAUAACAAUUAAAAAAGUAUCCAAAUUGACUUGAAUAAUGGUAACAACAAUAAUAAUAAUAAACCAAUAAAAAAAGAAGAUACAUAAUAAAUGAAAAAUGUUAAAAGCUUACUAAAAGAAAAAAAUUAAAAAAAAACCUGUGGAUGUAGUAACAUUCUGAUAGUUGAUGACAACCAGUUUAAUCUUCAUGCCUUACAAUUAAAACUAAAAAAUUAUGAUUUUAUAAUUGAAGUAGCAAAUAGCGGCAUUGAAGCAAUCAGUAAAGUGUAAGAAAAGUUUGAGAAAUCUAACUGUUGUAAACAGCAUAGACUAAUUUUUAUGGAUAUUGAUAUGCCAAUUAAAAAUGGAUACUAAACAACUAAAGAAAUAAUAAAUUUUUAUAAUAAUUAAAAAGUCAAACCAACAAUAAUAUCUGCAUGUACUGCAUAUAUUUAAGAAAGCGAAGUAAAAUAAGCCAAAGAAUCAGGUAUGAAGUAUUAUAUUACAAAACCAGUUGCCACAGAGUAGUUAGAGGAAGUCUUAUUUAAAGUAUUUUUAUAAAAAAAGCUAUGA